CCCUUUCAUAUUACGUGACGUUCAAUGCCACGCUGUGACUGCGCGCCGCUGCUCUCCGAAUCACUUACUCUAAGUCCUCCGCCGUCAUGUCGCUGAGAAAAGCUGCUCAAACUUUGGCGAAACCCCUCGGCGGGGUCCUGCGAGCACCGGCUCAAGUUUUAAACCGGAGUUAUGCUGCUGUCGCUGAAGCGCGGGCGGUGUUGAACAACGAGCUGGACGGAAUCCGAGCCGCGGGGACGUGGAAAGCGGAGAGGAUCAUCACGUCCAUGCAGGGACCUCAGAUCAACGUGGACGGCAGCAGCGGCGGUAUCCUGAACUUCUGUGCCAACAACUACCUUGGCCUGUCGAGCCACCCCGAGGUGGUCCAGGGUGGGAUCGAUGCCCUCAAGUCACAUGGUGCGGGACUGAGCUCCGUCCGCUUCAUCUGUGGCACUCAGGAUCUUCACAAGAAUCUGGAGCAGAAGUUGGCCCAGUUCCACGAAAGGGAGGACUGCAUCCUCUACGCCAGCUGCUUUGAUGCCAACGCUGGACUGUUCGAGGUUCUGCUGGGUCCGGACGAUGCGGUUCUGUCUGAUGAGCUCAACCACGCCUCCAUCAUCGACGGGAUCCGACUGUGUCGGGCCAAGAGGAUGCGCUACAAGCACAUGGACCUGAGUGACCUGGAGGCCAAACUCAAGGAGUCUCAGUCUUCUCGGAUGCGGCUGGUGGUGACGGACGGCGUCUUCUCCAUGGACGGCGACGUGGCUCCGCUUCAGGGGAUCUGUGACCUGGCGGAACAGUACGGCGCCAUGGUGUUCAUCGACGAGUGCCACGCCACCGGGUUCCUGGGAGCCCGCGGGAGAGGAACCGACGAGCUGCUGGGCGUCAUGGACAGAGUUCACAUUGUCAACUCCACGCUGGGAAAGGCUCUGGGAGGCGCAGCUGGUGGUUACACCGUGGGACCCAAGCCGCUCAUCGAUCUGCUCAGGCAGCGUUCCAGACCGUACCUGUUCUCCAACUCCCUCCCCCCUCCUGUGGUGGGCUGCGCCACCAAAGCGGUCGAGCUGCUUCUGGCGUCCAAUGAGAUUGCUCAGAGCAUGACGGCCAAAACCAUGAGGUUCAGGAACAAGAUGACGGAGGCGGGUUUCACCAUUGGAGGAUCCGCUCACCCCAUUUGUCCGGUGAUGCUGGGUGACGCUCGACUGGCCUCCGUCAUAUCUGAGGACAUGCUGAAGCUCGGGAUCUACGUCAUCGGCUUCUCCUACCCUGUCGUUCCGAAAGGCAAAGCCAGAAUCCGUGUUCAGAUCUCGGCAGCGCACACGGACGAGGACAUUGACCGCUGUGUCGACGCUUUCAUCCAAACUGGCAGAAAGCAUGGUGUCGUUUCUUGAACCUGAAAAGACAAACAGUGUUUGCUGCAAAUUCCAGUUUACUGAGGACAGGCUGCUUGUUACAGAGAGGUUGCUGAAGUUAGGUUGCGUGCUUUGGUCAGCAGAGGUCAGUGUUGCGCUUGUGACAAAUGUUUUGCACAGAAGAGGAUGAGUGUGAUGCUAUAAUAUUGCGGCUCUACAUCUGCUGUUUGUUACACCUGGUGCGGUUUUAUGGAUGAUUUGAAUAAAAACAAAGCUUCUCUUGG